UCCAUUUCUAUCCGGAAGCCCCGGACGCGAGAGUCUGUCCAUGCCGACGCCCCCCGUGCCCCGGCCGUCCUCCAUGGCUUCCCAGACUCUCACCAUGUACAUGGCCCUCUCCCAGCAGCCCCAGCUCAGGAUCGGGAACCGUGUGCUCUCCAACGAUGAUUGGGCGGUCCUGCAGAUGCUCAACGACGCGGUCGACGGCGACAUUCCCCGCGUGAAGAAGCUUGCGGGGCAGCUCAGGAGGGCGGGGAAAUCCGUGGACGAGGCGGUGGCGGCGCUCGCGGGCACGUCGUACGGCACCCGUGGGCCACUCCACAUGGCGGCGUGGGCCGGGAGGCUCGAGAUGUGCAAGUUCCUGAUCAAGCAUCUCCACCUCGACAUCAACGCCGCUGACGACACUGGUGCAACACCUCUAUUAUAUGGAACAUAUGGUUGUGGAUCCACAUCAGUUUUAAGGUUUCUUCUUGAUCGUGGUGCUAACCCAAACAGAGCAGAUAAGGAUGGAACUACCGCGCUCCAUUAUGCUUCAAUGAUAGGCACACAUUCCCCCACAAAUGCAACCAGGUUAUGGGCAGCUACCACCCGGGAUCCUUGUGAAAUAGCAGAAUUAUUAUUGUCCAGAGGAGCUUAUGUUGAUCCUAUAUGCGAUAGAGGAACACCACUACAUGUUGCUGCUCAAAAUGGAAAUGUGAGAAUGUUGGAAUUAUUAUUGCGGCAUCAGGCAAAUCCUAACAGAGUCGUAUGCUUGUUCUAUACACCACUGACAUUGGCUCUCUUCGCUUCUUCACUGAAAUGUGUGGAACUACUUAUUAAGGCUGGUGCUGAUGUCAAUGCUGGUAGGCCUGUAACACCAUUAGUAAUAGCUGCAACUGAUGGCUUAACUGAUUGCAUCAAGUGUUUGCUGGAAGCUGGUGCUGAUACAAGUAUUCCUGAUGAAAUUGGUAGAACGCCAAUAGAAAUUGCUAAAAUCCAAGGAUGGAAGGACUGUGUUGAGAUUCUCUCCCCUCCCACAUUCCCUACAGCUACAUUUACAGGCAGUGAUUUCUUCAUUUGGUUUAGGAUUCUCUGCUCGACGAGAAUACUGGAUGCUGCAUUCCAGGAAAAGGAUUAUGCUCAUGCAGUGGCUCUCUAUUCUAAGGCAGUGGAGACUGACCAUGAUGAUCCAACCUUGUACGCCAAGAGGUGCCUCUGCUGGCUGCAUAUGAAUGAAGGAGACAAGGCUUUGGAUGAUGCUAAUACCUACAAAGGUAUGGAGCUGGAUGUAUCAGAAUCCUGUUAUGAGCAAGGAGCAGCUCUGAUACUGACGCAGGAUUAUGACCGAGCAUGCAAAGCACUCAUGUUUGGUUUGAAACUGAACUUUGGAAGUGACCCAACACUAGUGAGGCGGUGAAGCAUCUUGGGAGAAGCAUAUCCCUGAACGAAGGUCGUUGCUGCACGGACAACAAGGUAUCCACUGAGAUUGUGUGGGCGGGGCUCUCUUUUUUAUGGAUCAUGCAUUUUCUUUUCACUGGAGGUUGUCCUUAUUUUACG